CAUUUUAGCACUUCUGUCAGUCAUAUCCUGUUAGUCAAACUAUAUACAAUUAAGUUGUAGAAUAUCAAAAUACAAAGUAGAUUAUGAAAAUUAUCACAUUUUAUUUAACUUUGCUUUCGAUAGUUCUAUCGGUAAAGCUUAUUGAUGCUGAUCAGAUGGUUGAUACACUUAUCAAAAAUGGUUUAGAAUGUCUUUCAGAAACUCGACUUGACAGAAAUGACUUGGAGAAAUUAAUCCGACAAGAUUUAAAAAAUCCAACUGAAAAUCAAAAAUGUUUUGCAAAAUGUGUAGUUGAUAAAGCACAAUUCGUUAAAAAUGGUGAAUUAGAUCAAAAUACAAUACGUGGUAUAUUAUUAAAAGAUCAUUCAAAGGAAUGGACUGAACGCCUUAUUAAUGCUUGUCCAUACCCAAAUGGUAAAAGUGAUUGUUCAUCAGCAUUUGACUUGGCUGUUUGUUAUAAUAAAGAAAGGAAAAGAGCUUAAAAGAACCAGAAUAAAGUAGGAUAUAUUUUAUUUUGUUAAUAUGUAAAUAAUUUUUGUUAUAAAAUAAAAUUUAUAUAAUAAUCAGGUUAUAUUGAA